AUGCUUCCACCUCGAAGACCAACAAAUUCUGAAAAAAUAAAACGGCGAUUUUCAAAGAAAAAUGAAAUAAAUAAUGAAAAUAGUCAACAAAAAAGUAAUAAUAAUAAUUCUAAUAUGACAGCUAUCGAAAGGGAAUUAAAUCAGCAAAAACAAUUAAAUUCUCAAAAUAAUUCUUUCAAAAUAAAAAUAAAGAAAAAUAUAAAAUUAUUAAAAAAUAAUAAAAAUGAGGAGGUUAAAGAACAACAAAAAUUGCCAAAAAAAGAAAAUUGUAGCAGAGAAUUUACUUAUAGAAAGAGAUCUCGACUUGAAAGUCUCUCUGCUUUAAUCCCACCAUUAGGUAGACGCCAUUCAUCAAAAAAGCCGCAAAUUGUUGUGGAAGAUUUGGCCAACAGUCCGCCAAAUUUUCGUGAAAGAAAUUCAAUUUCUAUUUCGGCAGGAGGGGAAACGACUUUUAGGCGUUCAUCAGAAGAUUGUAUUCAACGUUCAAGUUCCGAAGUUUUUGGAGGAGGAAUUUCUUUCCCAAGUGGAACACACCAUUCACACAGAAGAGGUUCUGAUAUGAGUAAUUCUUCUGCUUCUCUCCAAUUACAUGAUGUACAUCAAAUAGAGGCACAAAGUGCUGAAGAGAUGGCACAAGUAGAAAUUAAAACUACAGAAAUUUUUAUUUAG